AACAUCUAGGCAAGCCUUGAGUUAGUUGCUCAAUCAACUUGAAGCUUUUAAAGAUUUCAGUAAAAGUAAUAAAAGAAAAUGCCCCGCUCCAAGGACAAUCUUCGCCAGGAAGCCGACCGUGAGGAGAAGAUGAGCUUAGCCCAAAUCAAACUGGAUGCCGCUCUGCUGAAUGUCGACGAGAUGGCCAUCCUGUACAAGGAGAAGGUGGACAACCAAAUCAAGCUCUUCCAAGACAUCACCGAUAAGCAUCUGCAAAUGAAGUUGCCCAACUUUCUGGGCCGCAAGUUAGACAACUUUACUGAUUACCAAGGAUCGGUUUCUGGCAGUUCUGCUGCCCCUCGCAGUCGCUCUGUAAGCCGGAAGAGGGAGAAGAUUCCCAAUCAGCAGCCGACUUGGACUCGGGUGCAGUCGCUGGACAGGGAGAGAAAGGACGAUGCUCCGACUCUGAGCUUCCUACGUUUGCGCUGGCGAGCUGGUGAUCUCGAAGCCGUUGGACCACUGUGCCAACGUACAGAUUCCCAACAGCAAUGGUUGUCACCAUGAUGAGCCAGGUGAACCAGAAGCUGACUGCUAAACUGGGUUACAUUUUGAAUGGAAAUACCUUAGAUCCUUGGAUGAAUGAAGUGAA